AUGGGGGUCUUAACCAGUGUGGGGUAUGAGUGCGGCUAUCUGCUGGUCACAGCCAACGGGGGUCUCAACCAGAUGAGAGCUGCCGUGAGUGCGGGGAUGUGGAAUAAUGAGUGUGGAGUAAGAAUCUGUGACAUGGUGGCAGUGGCGCGCAUCAUGAAUGUCACUCUCGUGGUUCCUGAGCUCGACCACACCUCCUUCUGGGCCGACCCCAGCGAGUUUGAGGACAUAUUCGAUCUUGACCAUUUCAUCAGCUCGCUCAAGAAGGACAUUCGAAUCGUGCGCCAGCUGCCCAAGCGUGUGGCGCACAUCGAGCCUCUCGAGAAGUUCCCUGUCUCCUGGUCGCCGUUCUCCUACUACCGAGAGGACCUUCUCCCACGAGUCAAGAAGCACCGAGUGAUGCGCUUCCCCCUCACCGACUCGCGGCUUGCCAACAACGGCGUGCCGGACUCGAUCCAACGGCUGCGGUGCCGCGCCAACUACAAGUCGCUGCGCUACACGCCGUCGAUCUCGCAGAUUGCGGCGAAUCUGAUAUCGAGAUUGCACGCCAGGGGCCCGUACAUUGCGCUGCACUUGAGAUACGAGAAGGACAUGUUGGCAUUCACAGGGUGCGACCACGGGCUGCAGGCAUCAGAGAGGGAGGAAUUGAAGGCCAUGCGGCUGAACAACUCGCGGUGGAAGGAGAAGGAGAUUGACGGGGAGGCGCGGAGAACAGAGGGAGCGUGUCCACUUACCCCGCGGGAGACGGCGCUUUUUCUGCGGGCCAUGGGGUAUCCGAAUAAGACUCUCAUCUACGUGGCUGCUGGGGAUAUCUAUGGGUCCAAUGGGCUGGAGGACCUGACUCGUCUGUACCCAAACACGUACACACACAGCACGCUGGCAACGGCUGAAGAACUCGCAAGUUUAGGCGCGUACCAGAACAGACUGGCAGCCGUGGACUACACUGUGGCGGUGCAGAGCGAUGCGUUUGUGUACACGUACGAGGGGAAUAUGGCUCGGGCUGUGCAGGGGCACCGGCGGUUUGAAGGCCAUAGGAAGACUGUCAUUCCCAACAG